UGAUUUCAAAAAAAUCUGAAUCUUCAGAUAAAGAUGUAGUAUUUUGUCUGUAUUAAAUAUAGACUUUUGAAACAUAUGACAGCAUAUUAUUUCUAAAUUAUUAUAAAUUUAUAUUUUUUAGGGGGACAACUCAACAAUUAAGGCGAUUUUAGGGGUUUUUGACACCAACUUUAGGGAUAAAUAUUUUGGAGAGUUGGUAACACUGGGUCGUGGAUCCGCGGUUGGAUUGAAUAAUUUAAUUGGCUAAAUUAAAAUUAAUUAAAUAAAAUACCUAAUUUAUUUUCUAGCUAGCGCAAUUCUUAGACAUUGUUAAAUAAACGAGAAUAACUUAAAAUUUAACACAUCUUCGUUUGUGUAUUCAAACAGUUAUUUUAAUUGAUAGCAAUAGAAAUAGAAAACCAUUUUAAUUAACGUGAAAAUGCGUUACUGAAACCAUUUGCUCUCGUCUAAUGAACUAUUUCUAACUACAAAGUCCACAUUGCUGUGUUAAUUUAGAGGAUUUGCUCCAGUGUCGUUAAAAUGAGUUUAUUCAAGACAGUGGUAGCAGCUGCUGUCAACAAUGGGAAAAUUAGCUCUGGAAAUCUGCGCCUGCGUCCCCUGCUGUCGUGCGCGCCGGUCGCGCUGGCGUGGGACCGCGGCGCGCACGCGCAGGACGUCACCAAGAACAUCCAGUACAUCACCAACGAGAAGAUCAAGCUCAACACAGACCCCAAGACCAUGAAGUUAGACAAACAGCUGAACAGACCGACAUGCGUGAUGAUCAACUGGCUGCUGGCGCGACAGAAGCACGUGAUGAAGUACGCGAACCUGUACUUGGAGCAGGGCUUCGACGUGGUCUCCGUGUCGUGCACGCCGUGGCAGCUCAUGUGGCCGCUGAAGGGCUCCCAGUUGGUGGCAGCGGACCUGGUGAAGUUCCUUGCAGCCAACGAGAGCGAGCAUCCCUUGGUGCUGCACGGCUUCUCCGUGGGCGGCUACAUCUGGGGCGAGGUGUGCGCCCAUGUCAUGGACAAUAAACAGCUGUACCAGCCGGUGAUAGACCGCGUGGCCGCCCAGGUGUGGGACUCCGCCGCCGACAUCACGGAGAUCACCAUCGGCGUGCCGGCCGCCGUCUUCCCCAAGAACAAGAUCAUGAGGAAGACCCUCAAGGCAUAUAUGGAAUACCACAUGAAGACGUUCCACGACGCGGCGACCGUGCACUACAUCCGGUCGUCGCAGCUGUUCCACACCAACCCGUGCCACGCGCCCGCGCUGUUCCUGCUGUCCAGCAGCGACCCGGUGGGCGCCGAGCGCAGCAACCGCAGCGUCUACGACUCCUGGCUCAAGAUGGGGAUGAAGUGCACAUGGCAGUGCUGGGACCGCUCCCCCCACGUCCAGCACUUCACGAAGCACCGCGACGAGUACGUGGCGCUAGUACGCGCACACCUGCGCGACAACGUGCUCGCGCUGCGGGAGAGGACUCGAGCGCGCGCUUAGCGACGCGGCAGAGGACUUUCCUCUUUACAAUAGAUGUUCGGUUGCAAUCUUAUGACGUCACGGAAGUAAAAUCGGCGCGGGGAACUAAGACGCUGCCGCUGCCCCCCCCCCCCCCCCCCUAACGUUACCGCUGACACCGAAAAUCAUGUGUUCCGAAACGUAAUAAAGAUUGCACCGUACUACUAACUAGCUUAAACUUGCGUUCUUUUGGUGCCUAUUCGUUUGACAAUAUAGGUUGGUUGCUAAAUGCUGACACGCAAUAAUAUUUUUACACAACAAUAGAUAUUGUAAAAAAAGAUAUUUGAACAAUAUUCAAGCUUUAGCAUAUAAUCCUGCACCCAAUACGGAUUGUUCAAUUUGGGAAUUUCGGACCAUCCAUUCAUCUGUUCUUCGAACUCGUAUUUCUUUGGUGUCUAUUCGAUUGAAGUUGACAUAAGAGUACUAUUUAAAAAAAAACGUGUGCGUGUCAGGACACUCAACAGUAGUGAUAAUUUAAACCUGCUGUCGUUAAAGCGAGAGAAAGAGAAGCCAGACAGAGUGGCGCCAUAACGGUUACGUUACGAAGCGUUUUACCCUCCCAUAAGAAGAUUUCACUUCAAAUAACGAGUGUGCUUUUUAAACACCACGCUACUGAAGUAAAACUUUUUACAAAAAUGAAAAACAAAACGCCAUCUAUGAGCCAUAGGCAUAACUGCAUCGCAACAGGUUCUUGAAGUAUACAAAAAGGGAUUGUUUCAAAGUUCUCUAAGAACGCCAUCUAGUGGUAUUUUAAUAUAACACUGUUCACUAUGCCUGUAGAUGACAGCACACAUCUUAAAAAACUCAACCCAUUACACUUUUCGUAAUGCAUUCACCAAUUUCUUCCCAGCGUGCGAAAAAGUCCCUUUUCAUGAAAUCACAGAUUGAAGGAAAACUGAUGUAGAAAUUGAAUUAAUUUUAUUGAGGUGUUUUCUAAAAUAAAUUAACAUUGAUAAGUAACAAAAACAGCGAAUUUUUAACAUAUACUUGUUGAGGCCUAAAUAAAAAACAAAUGUAUCGAGAAUGUAAUAUAUUUAUUUACUUUUAUAAUCUUUUCCUUUUUUUUAAACAAACAAAUCCACCAGUUUAAUCUUUUAUUAUCGGCAAAAGUACAAUAUAAAAACGCAAGUCUACACAGUUCCUAUUAAGCUAAAGAUUUGCUAAAGUUAUUAUAAAAUAUUUAAGUUAUUUUUAAACCCCACGGUAAAUAUUUAUAUUGCAAUGUAAAUUAUUUGUCCAAUACGUAAUUGCGCAUCGGGCCAAAUGAAAAUUCUGCAAAGUCUAGGAUUCGAUUUUCAUCCGUUGCUCUUUUUAUCAGCGAUGUUUAAAAGAAAUAAAGUAUAAAAAAAAGCAUUUAAUGUGGCUAAAAAAUAACGAAUAAUCCAACUGGUACUCGUAAUUACAUGCAAGUAGUUUUCAAAUUUAAAAUGCACUUUCAGAUGAAAGGGAGUUUUUAUUUUUUUGAAAAAUUCACAAAGAGGAAGUCGCAAAUUCAAAAUGGCACCAAUCAGACCAAAAUAGUUAUAAAAAAUUUAAUUGUUAUUAAGUGUAAUAGGUAAAAUAAAAUAAGAUUUUAUGCACAUUCAAGCAAUGACUGAAUUAUUAGUGUAAGUCUGUAUGAAAUGUAAGAGUUUUUGAAAUAUAGUCUAAUGUAUUUUUUUUAUUAUAUUAAAAAUACUUCGAAAUU